CAUAAGAUCGAUGGCUUUGAAGCUUUCUCUUUCGCCGCCAUUGAAGUAAAAAGAAAUGGGUUUGUGGACGCUGCUGGAGGGUUUUCUGCUUCUUGCAAACGGAUUAGCGAUAAUCAAUGAAGACCGCUUCCUUGCACCUAGAGGAUGGAGUUUCUCUGACUUUUCUGCGGGGCAGACAAAGUCAUUAAAGGGACAGAUCAUAGGUCUCAUUUAUGCAACCCAGUAUAUGAGAUUUCCUCUUAUACUCCUCAAUACGAUUUGUAUUGUUGUAAAAUUGGUAUCUGGGUGAUUCUUCACAAGGACUUUUAAAAUCAAAUUGCAAAAAGGGGAACCUGUGAAAAGGUCUGCGGAAGAAUUCCAUUCAGAAAAUUCAAGAAAUUAUUUCCAAGUAAACAUUUUUUUGUAUAAUGAACCACUAGGGGUUGUAUUUUAAGCCUCAUUAACAUUGUUAAGGUGUGGGAAUGGAGAUGAUAUGAAAUUUGGAAUUUUCAGUUCUGUUUUUUAUGUUGUUGAAAUAGUUUUUUCACCCUAUUAUUCACUGAGUACCAAGUUUUUCGACUGUAUGUGGUGUUCCUUAGCAACACCAUAUUAUGUGUCAUGAA